GUGCAGCACUGCGCAUGACAGGAGCAAGUAAAAUUCCAACAUGACUGCUCCGCUUUCUGUUGUGGACUUACACCUACUGGCAAACAAACAAGAUCUCAAUGUAUAUUGACGGUUGUGAAAUGUACCAGGUACAUUUUCAAUCAUAGAAUUGGAAGUAAUGGCACUUGCAUUUCAGCGUCCUGUGUCACAUAGUGCAUAUAAGAUGAACUCUACCCGGCGCCCACAAAGUGGCCUAACACGAGGCGUGCAAAUCACUGAGCUGCCAGAUGGGUGUAUGAACCCAGAUCCAGUUAUCAUGCAGGAAACAGACAUUCUCAUGGAACAGUACUUGUCCCCAACUAAAUUGCAACUACUGGCAGGCACAGACAAACUCGACCAAGUCCAGUCUCUUGAAUUAAGGGUAGACACAUCAGAAACAACAUUAAAUAACUUUGGAACACUCUUGCCUAACCUCACUGUCCUGAAACUCUCUGGCAGUCUGAUCCCUUGUAUCAGAGACCUUGGCUCUGCAUUGCAUAAGCUGGAAGUACUCUGGAUGCCUCGGUGCAGUCUGGAAGAAUUGGAUGGCAUAUCAGCCAUGCUGCAACUACGGGAAGUUUACUUAGCAUACAAUGAGUUGUCAGAUUUAUCACCGCUUAGCAUGCUGGAGGAAUUAGAAAUCCUAGACUUGGAAGGAAACAAUUUAGAUGACAUUUGUCAAAUCGAGUAUUUGACCUUAUGUCCCAAACUGGGUCAGCUGACUCUGGAUGGAAACCCCAUCUGUGUCAGACCAACACCAGAUGCUCAAGAGGAAGAUUACGACUACAGAGAAACCAUAAAAAAGAUUUUGCCAGCCCUUCUUACUCUGGAUGAUAAACCUACAGACGAAAGUGGUUCUGUAGCAACAAAUGUCUUUGAUGCUGAUUGGGAGUAUCUUGAAGAAUUGCAGAGAGAUGCCUUGGUUAUGGAAUCCAAGGAAAAUGACAAAGAGACAGUGUCAGAGGCUGGAAGACCUACAACUGCAGCCUUACAACCUGCCACAUCAUAUAGACCAGGAUCUGCACUCCGUCCUUCUUCUGGCUUUCGUCCAAGCAGUGCUGCCAGACGGCCAGCAACUCUGAGUGCAGGACGGCCCAGCAGUGCAUCAAAAGAAAAGUCAAAGAGGCGACCAGCAUCCAGUGACGCAGUUGAAGGCACGGAAGCAGUCAGCAAUCUGACCUGUGGCAAUGUGGUGUGUGGAAAUCCUUCCAAAGCGCUACGAGAGCGACGGAAAGCCAACACAAGUCAAGAACUGGUUAAAAAGUCUGAACCUGAGCUGCAUGAUGGUAGCUUGCAAACAGCAGCAGCCCAGGAUGCACAGCUUGGUGUCAAGAAGACUGUCAUUGACAUAACUGAUGUGGGCUCUAUUGAGGACAAGGACAUCAGUGACCUGCUGCAUGAACUGCAGUCUUGGAAAAUAGAACACGAAAAAAGACUUGAAAAAAUCAGAGAAUCCAAGGCACCACAGGUAUUUAAAAUUGAGCACGAUGAGCACAACAAAAAGCUUGAUCUUUCUGGCAGUGAUCUUGAUGAUCACAAUGAGAUGUACAAGGAUGAUGAUGUGGACAAGGAUGAUGAUGUGGAUAUUGAUUUUAGGCCCAGUUCUGCUAUGCAGCAGUACCAGCAGCAACAGCAGCUAAAACUGUCAAGUACAAAGGACAGGUUGUUACCUUCUGGAUCAGGCCUGUCACAUCUGAAUGGAGCUAGACCCGGGUCAUUCAUGGAAGACACUCCUAAAGAUAGUCCUAUAGAUCAGGUUGUCAGCACCAGGCAGAGAGGAAGUAGAGAGAUUCAAGAGCAGAAGAAGUCAUGUGACGAUGAUGUGCACCUGACCAAAGAGUAUGAAAGACUGAAAGAGCUGAAGAAGCAGAGUGAGAGAGGGAGGCUAGUUACAAAGCAGGGAGCACUGAAGGAGAUUCGACCUCCGAGCCCUGGUUUUCACUCCACUCAAGUGAAUCAUCCUUCCAGUUCUAUAGCUUCACCAUUUUCUGGGGCUCGUUCCCCAAACAGCCCUACAAGCAAGGAUGCCAUCCAGCCAUUUCCAAAAGAGCGACCAAAGAAGUUAAGGAUUGGUCCCACUGGGUUGCCUGGGUCAACCCAACAGCCACUAGUUCGAGAUAUUAUGACACCACCUGCAAAACCAGGUAUGGCAAGUGUGCGACCUUCAUCUUCACUGCCACCUUCUGGCCCUUCAAGCAGGAUACGAAGACAGCUGCCAGAAGUGCCAACACUUCCAUCUCGCCCGCCAGUCUCCAAAUCCUAGCCAAUGCCACACAUUCCCUUGAAAUGGUGUAAUCAAAGUGAUUUGCCUUGGUAACAUAAUGGCUUUGGAGUGUUGAGAAUUAAGGGCUUGACUGUGAAGCUCUUAAAGUGCUCGAUCAAAAUUUAUGCUUGUACUGCUGAGUUAUCAUUGUCCCAAUCCUGCUGAGGGUUUUUUUUUUUUUUUAAAGUGGCUGACUUUUUAAACUUUUUUAAUACUGUGCACUGUGAUAGAUUGUUAUUUAUCAGUUUUAUGAUGAAGAGAAUCGAGAGCAAGGACCUGUCUGUUGUUGAUGACUUGUUAAUCCAGCUGUUUGUACAAUGCAUGUAUGGAACAAAAGUUUAAGUACAAUUUUGCUGGCUGAAACCAAGGUAAAUUUUUAAAGCUUUAUAGUCUUAUUCUUGCUAUUUUUUGUAAAUGUAGCAGAAAAAGUGAAUAAAAAGUUCUCUCUUUUGGAGCACCGUGUUCCAUGCUAAUAAAGUAAACAUAGUCUAAAAACAAUUAUGCUUUAUAAGCUAUAACUGAUACCGUCCACAAGUCUGCAUUUCUCCUAUGCAGCAGUGCACCAUGGUGUUUAUUAGUCUAGCCACCGAUUCUUAUAGCCAAAGCAGAGAUAAACAGUGAGAUCAUUAGGUGCUUACUAGUGGAUGAUUUUUACACCCACUUUUGAUAUUCCUUUGGUUUAUCAGCUGAUGUAUUAUUUACUUUGGGCGCAUACUACAGACAUAGAGGGAUGAAUAAAGUAGAAAAAUACAGACUGCUCCUAUUUUUUUUUUUUAAAAGCUAGGUUAUUUAAAUUAUUUCUUUUGUGUGCUGGCUUGGUUUCAAUGACUUACUUCACAUUUUUGUUUUUAAUUGGCUUUUAGGAUAGUUGAACAUCAGCAUUGCAAUGAUCAGUUGAUUACAUUAAUACUGGAAGUAAAAAAGUUUCCCUCAAUUUUUUUUCCCAGAAGGCAGUGGCUGUAAUUUUUUUUUUGGUCAUUUUUACUGUGCUUAUUAUUACAUUAUGUGGUGUUGACAUGGUACACAUUGUGAUUACCAAAAUAGAUAUGUUGUAAAGUGUAUGGCAGUAUGAGAACGGCUCUAUGUGCAGCUGUACACUGUUAUAUAAAAACUCCUGAAAUACUAAAUAUGCUUUUAUCAUGGCUUAAAUAAAGCCACUGUUUCUGAACUGACAAUGUCAGAUACAAUCGGAAAAAAAAGAAAAGAAAAUGUGCAUUUGCACACUGUAUUUUUUUUAAAUUGCGAAUACUGACAAAGCAGUCAUUUGGAGGUGUUCACAUUUUAUGCAAAUCAAGCUAUUGAUUGAUUUAGUGAAUAAAUUAAUUUUUGCAUUUUCUCCACUUACAUAAUAAUGAUGUGAAUUGCUUUGUUUAUAGAAGUAUUUACUUUUUUUUUGUUUGCUUGUAACAAUUUGUUUGCAAUGAUGCAUCGAUGAUAAAGAGAUGCUCAUAAAUUUGUUCUUGCUUCUUUUCAGCCAGCUCUGUUUUGAAGCUGCUUUUGUCUUACAUUGGUGUCAAAUUUUCAGUGUGCCAAGCUCUUGCUUAGCGAUGUUUUCACUUGAUGAAUACCAUGUCUGCAUUCUUCCAUAGUGGACUGGUGUUUUCUUAAAAACUGAUGCUUGUAACAGAAAUAUUCACUAUCCAUGCCAUAUGUUGCCCUCCAAGAAGGCGGCUGGCAUGAAAAAGCCAUGUUUCACAUUUAUUUUUGUAAUACAGUUUGGUCCAAAAUGUUUUGUAAAUAUUCUGCUUCUAUAAUAAUGCAUCUUGUGAUAUAAAAAUACAAGAACAACAAUUAUCCACCCAGAUUUGUUCAAGUACCAGUCCUUUUUAAAUUCACAACUGGAAAGACUCUACCUAUCAUGAAAAAAGCAUUUUGUUUUACAAUUUUCUCCAUUUAGCUUUAUGUUUCAUAUUAGAAAGCAGCAUGAAAGCCCAAAAGAUUCUGCCAUAGGUAUUUAAAUAUUCUGCUGAGCUUAUAAUCGUUUUGUAAUGAUUUUUCAAGAACUACGACAAACCACUUUUUAACAUCCAUCCACACCUGCCAUCGCCUGUAAUGUUAGGCUCUGUUUGUGGCCAAAGUACCUGGUCGAUAGAGUUUAAAGCACUGUCUCACUACAAUAUGAGUGAAGUUUGCAGAGAAAGUCUAAUGAUAAAAUCCCUUAGACACCAUGAAAAACAAAGAUAUCAGAAAUAGAACUGUUAUUAACUGCUAUCAGAUAAACUCACUUGUCACUUUUUUGGUUAUGAGUAAUGUAUUUGAUAAAUGAGCACCAACUCCUAUUUAUGGGUAGCCUCAGAUUACAGGUGCCAGCACACACAUGAUCUUGUGUGCAAGUUCGUUUUCUUCCUCUCUCCAAAGAUCUGUAUUCAGAUCUCUCUCUCUCUCUCACUCAUACACACAUGACAUCUGUUAAUAUUGUGCAUAGGUCUACACGCAAAAUAUGGACUUUAUACAAUAAAGUAUGGAAUGUGUUUUCUACAAUAAUUUCCAUGAUUUUA